GUGGUUUUGGUCACGUUGCAAGCGGCGUGGUUACUGGAGUCGAUUAGGUAGACGAGGACAAUUUUGACAACAGUUCAAUGGAUUUGUGUGCUAGAUUUUAGAAUUUUGUUUUUAAAGUAUUGUUGAUUAAUACGACUACUAUAUUCUAUACGUAUAAACGUAAAUUUCAUUUUUUGUGUUAUUUUAUUGUCCUGUUACUAUAUUGACGUUACUUGUUGUCCCAGGUGAUUAAUCACACAAGCACAUCUAACACAGCGUGCCUGAAAGUCACAAACAGAGUAGUACAUCAAAAUGCAGGCAUAUUGGACAUUCACAUAUUUUUACACCUGACAGAUUGGCACUGGUUUUCUUCCUUAAGUUUUGGGUAGCAGGUUUGACUGUCAGGAUUUAUAACAAUAUGUCAAAGUUUCCGUUCAUAUGGACGGACAGGCGAUCGGUUGGUUGGGCACAUUAGUAAAAAAGUAUAAUGGAAUGUAAUGUUAAUGCAGUACGCGACAUGUAAGUGAUCGCGUGAUGUCUGCUGCCCCCGAAACGCUGCCCGCGUCGAGUUCGCGCCUGCCCGCGCCGCCCGGCCCCAAUGGCAGGCACAUCGUGCACUGGUUUAGGAAGGGCCUGAGACUCCAUGACAAUCCAGCACUAAGGGAAGGCCUCAAUGGAGCUAUUACCUUCAGAUGUGUGUUUAUCAUCGACCCAUGGUUCGCAAGUUCCACAAAUGUUGGAAUUAACAAGUGGAGAUUCCUUCUACAGUGCUUAGAGGAUUUGGAUAGUAGCUUGAAAAAGCUUAAUUCUCGUCUGUUUGUGGUCCGUGGCCAACCCGCCGAUGCUUUGCCAAAAUUAUUCCGCGAGUGGGGAACCACCGCGCUUACCUUCGAAGAAGACCCAGAGCCGUACGGCCGGGUUCGGGACCAUAAUAUUAUGUCAAAAUGCCGCGAGGUUGGCAUUACGGUCAUAUCUCGUGUGUCACAUACACUCUACAAGUUAGAUAAAAUAAUUGAGAGAAAUGGGGGAAAGGCGCCUUUGACGUAUCACCAGUUUCAGGCGUUGAUCGCCAGUAUGCCCCCGCCGCCGCCGGCCGAGGCGGCCAUAACCGCUCAAAUGCUGAACGGAGCUACCACUCCUCUUACCGAAGACCACGACGACCGCUUCGGAGUUCCCACACUCGAAGAACUCGGGUUCGACGUUGAGGGUUUGAAGCCUCCUGUUUGGAUGGGAGGAGAAAGUGAAGCCUUGGCUAGAUUGGAAAGGCAUCUGGAAAGAAAAGCUUGGGUCGCGUCUUUCGGCCGUCCUAAGAUGACGCCACAGUCCCUGCUUGCGAGUCAAACAGGAUUGUCUCCUUACUUAAGGUUCGGUUGCUUAUCUACGAGACUGUUUUAUUAUCAGCUAACAGAACUUUACAAGCGGGUAAAGCAAGUGCGACCACCAUUAUCACUGCACGGACAAAUAUUGUGGAGGGAAUUUUUCUAUUGCGCUGCCACAAGAAAUCCUAAUUUCGACCGAAUGGAAGGAAAUCCAAUAUGCGUACAGAUCCCUUGGGAGAAAAAUCAAGAAGCUCUAGUAAAAUGGGCGGGCGGUAAAACAGGUUUCCCCUGGAUUGACGCCAUUAUGAUUCAACUUCGAGAAGAAGGUUGGAUUCAUCAUCUUGCGCGUCACGCUGUCGCCUGUUUCCUCACGAGGGGAGACCUAUGGAUCUCAUGGGAAGAAGGCAUGAAGGUUUUCGACGAGCUUCUGCUAGACGCGGACUGGUCGGUGAACGCCGGCAUGUGGAUGUGGCUCUCCUGUUCAUCUUUCUUCCAGCAGUUCUUCCACUGCUACUGCCCCGUUCGCUUCGGCCGCAAGACCGACCCCAACGGCGAUUUCAUUAGACGCUACAUCCCCGCGUUGAAAAAUAUGCCAACGCGUUACAUCCACGAGCCGUGGGUGGCGCCGGAGUCGGUCCAGCAAGCGGCGCGCUGCAUCAUCGGCCGCGACUACCCGCUGCCGAUGGUCGACCACAACAAGGUCUCCCAGAUCAACAUCGAGAGGAUCAAGCAGGUGUACUCGCAGCUGGCCAAGUACAAGCCGCAAGCAAAUAUAAACAACGCUCAGCUUCAGAGACCAAACGUAAUGCAGUCUUCGCCGAGCCCCACUUCAAUAAUUGCAAGUAUAAAUCAAUCGAAUUACUUAUGUGCUCAAACUCCGGAAUCGACUCCGCAAAUUGUACAGUACAAAAACGCAGCAAUAUUCCAACAGCCUGCUAAAGUUCUUCCACGGGCGGACUCCAAACAGCAACAAUUCAAGCAAGUUGUCAUUGUACAACAAAUACAAAACUCUAACGUGUCUCCGGCUACUAUCACAAGCUGUGCUCAAACUUUAGACAAUUACGUCAUCAAUGGACAACUUGCCACAUGUAAAUCUAACAACACCAGGAUUGACCCGAUGAAACCUCCAAGCAAACAAGAGAAUUACGAUUUCAAAAAUUUGGCUAUAAACAAUUACACUCAAGAAUAUGCCAAUAAAGAAGUGUACCGUAAUGAGCAGUCCAACAAAAACGAAGAUUAUCAAACGUCUGUAAAAAAUAGUAACUACGGUUAUAUAAAACCCAAAUUCUACAUUACAGCUUUUCCAGAUAAAAAAAACUUACAGAAUUCUCACAGCGACAGUUCACAGACAUUUGUAGUACCAGGUCGCACCUACACUGCCACAGACAAUGACAACAAGGAGAAGAGAGAAACUAACUCUUGUUUAAUUACCGAUGGUACAUAUGCUGACAGAGAAGAUAAAAAUAAAUCGGCUUCUAAUGAAAAUCAAAAGUGAAAGUUAUUUAGCGUGAUAAAACGAUUCAAUGAAAAAGUUUUUGUGGAGCUAAUUUAUCCAGUUCCUUACAGAGGUGUGUCUUUUCGGUUGGACUUUUUUUACUUACAAUACCUGAAUAUCAACGAUAUGUAUGUAUGUACUUAUGUAAAAAGGUUUUUUAUUUAUAUAGAAUCUAAUUUUAAAAAGUCUAAAAUAGUGUUAGUAUUAUGUUAGUUUAAUCGAUAUUUAAUUGUUACUAACCUUUGUAAAUAAUAGCAAAUCAUGCAGAUCUAAAUUGUAGUAAUUGAAUUGCUUUGUUAUGGUUCAAAACAAAUUAAUUGCUCGUUAAUUAAUAAUAAUUAAGAAACCCCGCCUUCAGAAUUUUUGUAGCACUCGGUGUGAUUUUGUAUUUUUGGUCGCCUCCUACGAAAUGUACGGAGAGGUAGAUUGUUCCUUUCUUACGCAGCCGAAAAACACGCGGUUUGCUUGUACCAAAGAUGUGCUAAAAUUUUUUUUAUUGACAAAUGAAAGCAAACCAAAAGUAUUGAACGGAUCCAUCAAAUUUAGUUUUGUUUGUACCUGAUGUUUUUUUAUUGUAUAUUUAUUAUAUAUACAAAAAAUACCUUUGCAAUUGUGCAAUUACUUUAGUUUAUAAUAUGUAUUGUACGUACAUAUUACAUUUUAUGUAUUAAAAAAUAAAAUUAUCUGAUGGUAAGAGUACUUUUUAAAUAUAUUUUUUUUUGUAAAAUAUGUGAAUAUUUUUUAUCAGGUAAAUAAAAAUAAUAAGUGGAACAAUUCCAAACUAGUUUUUUUUCUUUCUUAUUAUUCUUCCUCAUGGUGAAUGAAUUCUAAACAAAUGGUUAUAGCCAUUUAUAGAGAAAGCUCCCAUUAUCCGAAAGUGCUAUAGGCAUAUAUUUGUUUUGAAAUAAAUAGUUUUAAGACAUAUUAAUCAAUAUUUGUAAAGUAAUCCGGGAAAAAAGCGCUUCCAAAAAGCUUUACUUGGAGUGCGCUGGCCACAUGGUUGAUUAUACUUUUAUGCAAACAAUGUACUACAAAAAUGUAGGUUUAUAAUAGAUUUAUAAAAAAAAUCCGCGAUUACAAUAAUGGUCUAACUUUUAUAAUAAAGAACUAAAUAUAAGAUAAUUGAUAUUAAGAAAA